CCCAUCCCUUCUUUUUUCAGCUUUCUCAAUUGUAAAGUUGGGUUUCUUUUCUUUUCAAAAGUGUUUUGGCAUCUGAGUUUUCGAAAAUUAUAUGGAAAUGUUUGUUAGAAGAAGAGGCGUCGUCGCCGCCGUUGUGGCAUGCCUUGCUAUCUCCCAAGGACUUUUUCUUAGUGUUCAUGGCACUGGUUUCAAUUAUAAGGACGCCCUCACCAAGUCCAUUAUUUUCCUUGAGGCUCAAAGAUCAGGGAAACUCCCUCCCAAUCAUAGACCUGCAUGGAGAGGCGACUCCGCCCUCGAUGACGGCAAAGAAGCAAAUGUCGACCUUGCUGGAGGAUACUAUGAUGCCGGGGACAACGUCAAGUACGGUCUUCCGAUGGCAUUCACCGUCACAACUCUGUCGUGGGCUGCCAUGUUUUACAGGCAACAGCUCCAAGCUACUGGAGAACUGGAAAACGUUCUUGCCGGCAUCAAAUGGGGCACUGAUUAUUUUCUCAAAGCCACCAGCAAAAACAGAUUAUACGUUCAGGUUGGAGACCCAAAUAAAGACCAUGAAUGUUGGACUAGACCUGAAGAUAUGCAAACACCAAGAACUGUGUUGAAGAUUGAUGAUAAAACACCUGGAACUGAAAUUGCAGCUGAAACUUCAGCCGCCAUGGCUGCCUCUGCAGUUGUGUUCAGAAAAAUAGAUCGUGCCUAUGCUCGUAGGCUACUCAACAAAGCCAAACUCCUCUUUCAAAUGGCUAAGGCCCAUAAGGGAACUUACGAUGGAGAGUGCCCUUUCUACUGCUCUUACUCUGGCUAUAAUGAUGAGCUAUUGUGGGCAGCAACAUGGUUGUACAUUGCCACAAAGAGGCCCGUGUAUCUCAAGUACAUUCAAGAAGAAGCCAUCAGCGCCACCGUGUCUGAGUUCAGCUGGGACCUUAAAUACGCCGGAGCACAAGUCCUCCUCGCCAAGCUGUUCUUUGAUGGUGAAAAAUCCCUAGAAAACUACAAAAACGGAGCUGACAGUUACAUUUGCUCAAACAUCCCCGACAGCCCUUACCACCAAAUCACAAUGACACCGGGCGGUAUGGUCCACUUGAGAGACGGAGCCAACACCCAAUACGUCACCGGAACAGCCCACUUAUUCGCCGUCUACAGCGACAUCCUCGCCCAAUACAACCAAAAAGUCAACUGCGGAGGCAAAGAGUUCGACUCCGCCGCCCUCAUGGCCUUUGCCAAGAAGCAAAUGGACUACUUGUUGGGAGAUAAUCCCAAAAAGAGAUCCUACAUGGUCGGGUUUGGACCCAACGCGCCCCAACAACCCCACCACAGAGGAGCUUCGGUUCCGAAGGCGGAAAACGGCCUCGUUAACUGCGCCAUGAGCUUCGUGUACUGGUUCAAGAAGGAUGUGCCAAACCCUAAUGAGUUGACUGGUGCCAUCGUCGGUGGGCCCGAUAGGUUUGAUAACUUCGAGGACAAACGUUGGGCGUCGUCGUAUACCGAGCCAUGCACUUACGUGAACUCGCUCGCGGUCGGACCGCUGGCGAAGCUUGCGGCCUAAGAAAAGAUCCAUGCACGGCCGGUGAUCUGUUGUCCAAAACCCUAACCCUAAUCCCAUUACCAUUCUAUAUACAAUUUUACCUAGAGAAAGUGGUUUUGGGAUUUAGAUGCAAACUUUUGGAAACAAAAUGUACCUCUGUUGAGGGAAAGCUGUAGAAAGAAGGGUGUAAAAUGGUGAUAUAAAAUAGUUAAUGAACUGUUUUC